AUGGAGCAAUAUUCACAAUAUUUGAUGUGGGUUAGAAGCAAAGACACUAUUAUAAAGAGCUCAUACAACCACUCAUCAUGGGAAGAACAAGCUUUCGCAGAGGAUGCUCGGGGUCCCCUUGGCGGAUUCGUAUGGCCUCCCAAAUCUUAUUCUUGUAGCUUCUGUAGAAGAGAGUUUAGGUCAGCUCAAGCCCUAGGUGGUCACAUGAAUGUUCAUAGGAGAGAAAGAGCUAAGCUUAAACAAUCUCUUAUUAAUGGUUCACAACAAAACCCUAAUAAUAAUAACAAAUCUUUAUUAUUGGAGUAUGCAAAUUCUAGCUUCUCAUUCCCAUCACCUGAUUCUCCUUCUGGGGUUUCUUCGAUACCGUUGUUGGGUAGUCUAGAAACUAGUACUAUUCUUCGUAGCAAUUCAGAUGCAAUGAGUUGUGUUUGUGAUGAAGUAUUGGUGCUUGAAUCUGUUGAAACAAAUUUGUAUGUAGGGGACGGCGGUGAGGAAGUAACAAUGAAUUGUAAGAGGCAGAAGACGAUGGUUUCACCGAUGAUUAAUGAAGCUUCCAUGGAAGAUCACUUGGAUCUUGAGUUGAGGUUAGCUAGGUGA